CUUUCGUGUCGCCGUCCAUGUUGGAUACGGAUUUACGUGGCAUUCUGCUGCAGGAGAAGAGACAGUUGUUGGUGGUGUUAGGGACGGGUGCUAAGUAGCUUUUCUUAAUCUUAGGAUCAAAACACCAUAAAGGAACAUAAACAGACAGUUUGCGUUUCAGACAAGGGCUUACAACCAUUAUAGAUAAGUCCAAGAACUCUAACCGGCUAGUUUAGUGCAACGUCGACAUACUCAGUACAGUCUUGCAGACGAAAGUUCGAUACCACAAGAUGAUUUCAAUAAGACAUUUGUAUAGUUUCUUUUUGCAACUGUUAAUGUUGCAACUUGUUGUUGGACUUUAUUUCCACAUCGGAGAAACGGAGAAGAAAUGUUUUAUUGAAGAAAUCCCAGAUGAAACUAUGGUUGUAGGUAAUUACAAGGUAGAAAUCUUUGAUAGAAGUCAAAAUGCCUUCCUUCCAACUGGAGGUGGUUUAGGCAUGCAUGUUGAGGUGAAGGACCCAGAUGAAAAGGUUAUUCUGUCCAGGACAUAUGCUUCCGAUGGCCGCUACACUUUCACAUCUCACACAGCAGGAGAACACACUAUUUGUCUGCAUUCUAACUCAUCUGCCUGGUUUGGAGGUGGCCAGCUGAGAGUUCAUUUAGACAUUCAAGUGGGAGAGCAUGCUAACGACUACCCUCAGAUAGCUACCAAGGACAAACUUACUGAACUUCAGCUCCGUGUAAGACAGUUGCUUGACCAGGUAGAACAGAUCACAAAGGAGCAGAAUUAUCAAAGGUAUCGUGAAGAACGCUUCAGACAGACCAGUGAAAGCACAAAUCAGAGAGUUCUUUGGUGGUCAAUUGCUCAAACCUUGGUAUUGCUUGUAACUGGAUUUUGGCAAAUGAGACAUCUAAAAGGAUUUUUUGAGGCUAAGAAGUUGGUGUAAAUGUGUAUAUUAUAAAUUUCCAGGUAUUAAAAAAGUUAGACAUAGUGUCAGAGGAAAAAAUUAAAAACAAGAAAAAAAGGAACAGGAAUUGUAUUACUAUGCACAUAAACUGUUCUCAUGAAUUUCAUGUACAAAUUGUGAGCCAAGUGAGUACUUCUUUUUUUCCACAAAUGUAACUAUAACAAUUUGGAGAAUUAAAAUAACAGCCCUUUGUAUUAUUAGCAUAAUUUUUUUUUUAUUUCAAAUAAAGUCCAUAUAUCAAAACAUACAAAAAGUGGAAUGUUUUUUUUAUGGGAGUGGUUGUGACUUAUCAGAGAUAAUAAUUAAAAAAAAAGUUUUUAUAAAUAUUUCAUGCUUCCUGUACUAUUACA